AUGCUUCGAAGAAGUCAUAAGAAGUCACGGGCGGGAUGCCUCGAGUGCAAACGACGUCAUGUCAAGUGUGACGAGCAACGCCCCAAAUGCAUCAUCUGUACGCUCUCCGGCCGAGACUGUAGCUAUGCCUCACCAGUGACCGACGGGGCACCCGUAUCAUUCGCUGGUGAUCGAGUCGCGGUAUCACCACCAGGAUCAGUGUCAGGCUCGCCGAUGUCAAAUGUCGCCGUGGGCACAAUUGGCGAUGCAGCACCUGUUCCUGGUGUCCCCCUACCCGAGCUGGGCCAUCCAAGCUCUCAUCUCUGUCACGAUGUCAACAGUGCUCAUAUGGAGCUCAUGAUCCGGUUCAAAUUCUCUGAUCACGCACCAGAACUCAACGAGGAGCUACACGACUUUGCCUCGAAACUCUUAUUCAGAUGCGCUCUUCAAGCUCCGUACUUGAUGCACCAGAUGCUGGCGGUGUGCGCGCGAAGGUUGGUUGCGCUUUUCCCCGACAGGUCCGACUUCUUCUCGGAGCACGCGAUGCAUCUUCAAACAAGGGCCAUCUCGAUUUACAACGAGACUGCAGCCAAGGCUCAGAUUGACCAGAACAACUGCUCCGCCCUCCUCCUCUACUGUUCUUUGCUCAGCCGACAUUUACUCGCCGAUCUGCUCGCUAAGCGCGAUACGAAUCUGGAUGGGUUUCUUGACCGCUAUCUUCAGUUUCUUUCAAUCUCUGGUGGUUUGAAAGGCGUGUCGAUCAGUGCAUGGGAGCUUCUACUCGAAUCUGAUAUCAAGCACCUUGUUCUUUGGGCGAUUAGCAUUUCCCAGUCAUUGCCACUGGGUAAUCAUUGCGACUAUCUUCGACAUCUCAUUUCUGAGUCACUCAGUCUCGACGCUCAGUCGAAAGAGGCCUGUCUCAAAGCUGCGGCUUAUUUGCAAGUUGGGUUUGACAGGAUUUUGGGCAAUGACGUGCGCAAUGAACGCUAUCUAAUGAUCUUCAUGUGCCGUACCAUCAGAGUUCACCGAGUUGCUUGCCCAGCGACGACCAGAGGCGAUUGCCGUGAUGGGCUACUGGGCACUCUACCUACACCUGAGUCGAGACGUUUGGCAUGUUGCAGGUUCAGGAGCUCACCUACUCAGAAGUAUCGCAGCAUAUCUUGGCCCGGAUUGGGGCCACUGGCUCUCUUGGCCGUUGGACAUGCUCGCACAAAAUUCAUAAUUCACAUUUACGAAAUACAUCACUUCAUCACUUCACACCUUGGCUCCGCAAGCCAUACGCGACCUAGAUUUUCACCCAUCAUUUCAAGGUAUCUAAUUGAACAAGCGAGAGAAGUUCGUAGUCAAAGACGCCAUCACCACCGCAGUGCCAACAUCUAG